AUGCUUGAAGAAGUCGAUUUUGCUCAAGUAAAAAGCUUUCUGAUGAACUGGACUGUGGAUGAUUUAAAUGAUCUGGACCUUUCCCAAAUUCCAUUUCCAAACACAUUAUGGCACAUAAAACCAGCAAAAGAAAUCGCUCUAAAGUCGACCGCUAUGCUCAUUGUUGGUGUCGUGGGUAUCUUCCUAAAUUCUGUCAUUCUUAUCAUCCUUAUCAAAAAUAAAUGGCUCUGGACUGCUAGCAAUAUUUUGAUUGGAAAUCUCGCUUUUAUUGAUCUGGUGACGCUGAUAUUUUGUCCUUGGUUCAUGCUCGUCAGGGAAUUCUAUCAAAAUUACGUGUUGAAAACCUUCGGAUGCAGAUUUGAAGGAUUUUUGCAAGCUACUCUUCUCUUGGCUAGCGUGAUAGCAGUUAUGUUGGUAUCAUACGAUAGACUGGCAUCAGCAGCUUUGACUUCUGAGGCAAGAGUCACGAAAAAUGCAGCCCCCAAGCUUAUACUGGCUACUUGGGGUAUAGCCAUCGGAUUAUCUCUGCCUUGGAUUAUUAAAAGAGAAUAUAUGGAGCGUCAGUGGUUAGAUCAUUUGGAAAUGUUCUGCGUGGAAGUUGGGGAUAUGCUAAGUAUAUAUUGGCACUUCAUCAUAAUGUUGCUCGUUUGGAUCCCACUAGCCGUUAUGAUAAUAACGUACGGGACAAUAAUGUGGCGUAUAGAAUGGACGGCUCGGGAACUAUCCUCGCGGGGUGGAGGUCAAACUUUAACAAAAGCAAAAGGGAAAGCGAUGAAAAUAACAGCUUGCAUUCUCGUUGCCGCUGCAAUAUGCAGAAUACCUUAUACUAUAUUAAUUUAUUGGCGGAAUAAUUUGAACAUGGAAAUUAAUGCGGUUGACGGUGGUUAUUCAGUGAUGUGGUUCGUGGCCAGUUAUCUUAUGUAUGUCAACUGCGCUAUCAACCCUCUCAUAUACGGUUUCACUAACAUCAGGUUCAGAAGCGCUAUGGACCGCACACCUUGCACCGCCUGCUUUAAAUUUAGUACAUGGUGCUGUAUAUGUACAACGGUCGUUAAAAAGAAACAGUCCAUACAGCCAAAUAAUGUUGAGAAGAUCUACGUAAUAGAAACAAGUCCUAAGCCAAAGAGAAAGAUUUCCGGUAUGGUGAAGAAUUUUCUUCAUAUUAACCGCCAAUCAGUGGAGCUGAGCUUACCAAAUGUGGAUGAAGCUACAACAAAACCAACCAAAGUGACCCCGCUCAAAAUCGAACCAGUG